GCUGUCACCAACACCACGGCGCCGAUGCUAUCAUAGGAGGACUGGAUGACAAUCUCUUUCGCCUAUUAGGACAUUGGAUUUGAAAGACAGCUUUCAGCCAUUUUAUCAUCGAAGUUGUACUACUUAGCUAGUGCCAGGUGCAUCAGCUUACCAAAGCAUACAGGAAGCACACAGACAAGUCUCAGUUUGAGAGAGUGGGCUAUAAUCUUGGGAGAUGACGGAUGGACACAUUGGGAAGAUUGGAACCUGUGACCCUGCAGUCUAAAGACACCAUGGAACAAGGCUUCAGCUUCAGCACACUGAAGAAGCUGGCAGCCGAGCCGGACCACACGGACGUGAGCCUGACGGCGGCAGAGCGCGUGCGGGCCCUCAGCAAGAUGGGCUGCAGCAUCGAGAUCAACGAAGAGAUCACGCCACGCCGCUACUUCCGGUCCGGGGUGGAGAUGGAGCGCAUGGCCGCCGUGUACCUGGAGGAGGGCAGCCUGGAGAAUGCCUACGUCCUCUACAACAAGUUCAUCACUCUGUUUGUCGAGAAACUUCCCAGUCAUCGAGACUACCAGCAGUGCAGUGUGCCUGAGAAACAGGUGAUAAUAAAGAAGUUGCAAGAUGUCGCAUUUCCGCGGAAAGAUCAAUUGAAGAAGCUCCUCCACGAGAAGUACAACAAGGAACAAACAGAGUAUCUCAAAAGUCAGAGCCAGGCGGUGGUGGCGGAUUGCUGCGGCCAGCAGCUGCAGAAGAUGUCUCUGGUUGAGCAGGAGAGGCAGAGGGUGGCGCAGCUGCGCAGGAUGCAGAUGGAGUCGGAGCAGUUCCGCUACUUCGAGGACCAACUGCGUAGACAGGAGCUGGCCAAUCGCAGAGACGAGGCGGUCGCUAAAGUGCCUGAACAAACAGACGGGGCCUGCCUGUCCCACUCCUCCAAGAACCAUGUUCAUCUCGACCCAAACCGCAAUAAACAGCUUCUCCCCAGCAGCAAGCCAGCAGCUACACUGGCUGGCGUACAUAAUCAACGGGUUGAGGGCCUGAGGCGGGUGGUCAUUCCUAGAGACCUGACCUACAGGUUUCUACUGCUAGCCGACAGUAACACAGCCAGGGGAAUAGAGACAUGUGGGGUACUCUGUGGAAAACUGACUCAAAACGAGUUCAUGCUGACCCAUGUGGUGGUGCCCAAACAGUCAGCCGGCCCAGACUACUGUGAUAUGGAGAACGUGGAGGAGCUCUUUAGUUUCCAGGACCACCACAACCUACUGACUCUGGGCUGGAUCCAUACCCACCCCACCCAGACGGCCUUCCUGUCCAGUGUUGACCUGCAUACACACGGCUCCUACCAGCUCAUGCUGCCUGAAGCCAUCGCCAUCGUCUGCUCGCCCAAACACAACGAUACGGGGGUGUUCAGACUCACCAGCUCUGGGAUGGGGGAGGUCGCUGGCUGCAGACUGAAGGGCUUUCACCCACACUCCAAGGACCCGCCGCUCUUCAGCAUCUGUAGGCAUGUUGUUAUAAAGGACUCGAAAAUAACAGUGCUGGACCUCCGGUGACAGCGAGGGGAAGACAAGACACCCACAACCCUCACCAUCACAAACUGGAACUCCUAUUUAUUUUUUUAUUUAACCUUUAUUUAACUAGGCAAGUCAGUUAAGAACAUAUUCUUAUUGACAAUGACAGGCCUACAGUGGGUUAACUGCCUUAUUCAGGGACAGAACGACA